AUGUCAGUUUCGAGUGGCAAGCCAACCUCUGACGAAGCACACUUUAAUAAAGACCCGACAUAUUGGAAGGCGAUUACAUUCUUUAAAAGAAAGAGACCAGCUGGGUCGCUAAUAAACCUUCCCUACUCAGAAGAAUAUGGCAUUUACGAGUCCAGAAUCAAGCAGUUGUGGGCCAUGUCUUGCGCAAUAACACACAACAUUCCCCAGACAUGUAACAAACAAGAAGAGCGUGGAAUUACUGUUCUUGGAGUGCUCACGCCCUGUAGCAGAUAUUCCAAAGUAUAUCAGGGAUUGGAUAAAGUUGGUGCGCAUGUGUAA